UAUGUGCAGGUAUUUAUAUUGACUUUACCUCAAUACGAAGGUGGUAAAUGGGAUUUGAUUUAUGGUGCUCAUAGCUUUGAUAUUCCACAGAACAUUAUUUUUUACUGAAAUUAUAUACACUGUAACAGCAAAAACAAUAGAAUACUGUUACAUUCAACAACUGUAAAAACAGUCAAAAUAAUGGGGAAUAUCUGUAAUAUAAUGACAUUUUUGCUGAUUUAAAUACAGUAAAACAAAUUUUUUGGUCAUUGUAAAAGAAUGUCAUGGAAAGAAUGGAAGAAUGGAAUUCAUUUGUAAAAGUACAGAUGUUUGAUAUUUUCACCUUUUUUCGGUCAACGUGAAUACGUUUUUCUGUGAUUUCGAAAGUUAUUGAUCAAAACAAGAAAUCUGUGAAAUAACAGGUAUUUCCAAUAAUAACAAACGCCUGUAAUAUGUUGAUAUUAUUGCUGAUUAAAAGGCAGUAAGAAAAAUACAAAAACUCCAAAAGAAUAAAGUGCAGAUUUUUUUAUAUGGAGAUUGUUUACAGUUUGUGCCUUUUUUUUUAUACAGAUAAUAUGUAAAUUAAGAGUUUUUUCUGUGAUUUUACUAGUAUAUAAUCGUAAUUUAACAAAAACUGUAAAAUGACAGCAAGUUGGUUAUAUAAUAUGAAAUAUAUAUAUAUAUGUGUGUGUGUGUGUGUGUGUGUGUGUGUGUGUGUGUGUGUGUGUGUAUAUAUAUAUAUAUACACAUAUAUAUACACACACACAUAUAUAUAACAAAUAUACAUAUAUCAAAUGAAGCCAAAUUCUCUUAAAGAACUUGAAUAUAUUGGUUUUAUGCCAUUUUUUGUUGUAACUGGAGCAGCAAAUAUUAAUUACUCAGUUUUAUGCAGUAAAACUUUCUCAAUAAACCGAAGGGUUAAGUUGAGACAAAGUUAUCACAUGGCGUGUUUAGUUACUGGGUUUUAUUGUAAUGCUCCCCACCUAUAGCCUAAUUAAAGAAUGUUAAUUAACCUGCAUCAUCAAAGGCUUCAACAGUUUAAUGAAAAACCUGUCACGUGUGCGUCACCGCCGCCACCGCUCGUCUUUCCCACGGUGCUCCGCAGCAUCAAAGGCUUUUUACGCGCACAGGUGGAACAAACGCGGCGCUAAAUGGCGCGACAUGCAGCACGAGACAGUGGCCCAACUGGCGCGUGUGGUCUGCUCUGACACCAAGGUGUGAAUGCAGAUCAUUCGGACCCCCCUUCAACCUGGAGACGGACGGACUAACAAAUGCAAAGGUGGCAAGUGUGAAUGAGGAGGUGUUGGCACUCGCCAUAAGUGAGCGCACAGUUGGCGUUAAGCGAAAAUGAAUAACAAGAAGGGAAAAAAGAAAGACGUGCAGAUAACAGUUCGUAGGCUAUAAUUUCUCAGUUUUACACCAUCAUGAAUGGACGAUGCUAGAAACUGUGUGGCCUUAAUAAACCCGAAAACAGAUGGAUGGAAGUGUCGACUCCUUUUGUGAGUCGCACUCAAAUCAUGGUGCAUGGACAGUUCAUGCGCUCUCAAAGGCGCAGCGGCGCAUUCAAGGGGCUCCGUUAUCCACAAAUUAGCAUUGGAAAACUGCUAAUCCUAUUGAAAUAGAACGUGAGGUGGGAAAAAUGUAACCAAGAUAAUGUAGCAGGAUAUAAUAUUUAAUAAGAGUAUAGAUUACUGUCUCUUUUACAGUUUUACAUAUUAUAAUGCGACUUCUGUUUUGUCGUUUUCAUCGUGCAAAAGAAAUAUCCAGUCCCCAGAGUCGAUAAUCUCAAUUGCAGCAGUCAAGGAUUAUUCGGAAGUUGAUUCCAGUUAUCAAGCACACAGAGGGCUGAGAGUUAGCAGCUUUUCCAAAAUACGCACCAAAUCAAAAGAAGGCAGUUCAGAGGUUAAAUGUACCAUAUGAUGAGGAUGCAUUUUACAUCGUAUAAAUUCCAGGGAUUUUACGCAUAGCUUUUACGCAUGGUUUUUACGCACGAUAGGGUUUUGUGAAACUGAUGUACUGGGAGAUGGUGCCAUCUAGAAAAGGCUAAUUCAAUUAUUUAAUUUAAUUUAAUUAAAGCUUGUGUAAUUACUGUGCUGAAAAAGAAAGACAGAAAUUAUAUGCCCAAAUAUCCUGCAGGAGGAGGUGGGGUUUAUGGGUGGACGGGCGGCUACAGGGGGGCGGAUCGGGUUGUAAGAUGUGGCAUUACAGCAGGAGGAGUCUGAAGGCAUAAAAGGAGCGACCCGAAGAGAGAAGCUCAUCACUCCAAACAUCGGCUACUAUGAAGCUGUUAAAGGAAACAGAGGAUGCCACAACCGAGAGAAAGUUGAUAAAAUCUCAGGUGGAGAAGCGUAGAAGGGAGAGAAUGAAUCGCAGUCUGGAUCGUUUGAGGACCAUGUUGCUGCAGGAGCCCCAGCAGGGUGGGACUCAGCACAGAGUGGAGAAAGCUGAGAUCCUGGAGCACACAGUCCUCUUCCUCCAGAAUACUGCAAAAGAAGGCAAGACCAGAGCAGGAGGGGGAGGUGGUGGGGGCCAGAAACACUCCUUCCAAGAGGGUUUCUCCACCUGCCUGCAGAGAGCUGCUCAGUUCCUUGGACCUGAGGGAAAAGGCUUGUGGCUUGGAUCUGUCCUAGAUUCAUCUUUCGCAGCUCGCUUCGCACGUUCAGACUCUGACUGUGCAGCCGUCCAGAGAAGAACCUCCGCCUCUCUGCCGCAAUCAAAGUCGAUUCUUCGGCUGCUGAAGCAGAAGUCCAAGCACAAAUUGCACGCACAAGCCGUCGCUGGGAGCAGUUGUGCUCAUCCGUACCGACUUGUAGCGCAGCAAAGCUUCCCCGGAGUUCCCCAGCAGCCUCAGAGACAAAGUCAGCUCGAGAUCAGAGUGGAGAGACGAGCGAACAAACAGAGUUCGUCCCAGAGCUGCCCGGCCAGCCAGACGUUGUGGAGACCUUGGCCCUGAUCAUCAGGCAGUGACUUCAGAACUGCUAAUGACUCACAACUCAUCAAUAUUCCCUGGUUCCAUAUAUAUGUUGUUCCUGACAGAAUAUUUGCAUUGUAGUCUUGUGAAAGCUCAUAACCUCGAAGUCUGUAAAUACUGUAAAUAUCUGAUUUGUACAUGUGCUGUAUGUGUGAUAGGGUUGACUCACUACUCUUAUUUAAUGAGCUCAGUCAGUGGGGCAGCCGUCUAACCUGCUCACAGGCACAGGGACUCUCCCAGGCAGGAACACACCCGAGCUGGAUCAUCCCAGCCGUCCAGCUGCUGCGCUGAAGAGCAAGUGAAGAGGUGUGGGACCGCAAGGGUUUGAGGCUGGGAGAGCCCCACGAAGCCCCUCACAUUCACCUGUGUGACGUGAUGUUUGCUGGCAGGUUUGACAUGUUUACAAAAUCAUUUGUAUCCUCUCUAGAUGUAUAUCUUGUCUAUUUUGCACACUAAUUUAUUCUGGAUGUCUCCCUAUGGUGAGCAGUAUUCUUUUUUUAAUAUGAAAAAAAUAAAACCUUUUUUUCAAAAUGCAAAAAAAAAAGCUAUGUCAAGUGAUUCUUUUAAAAUGAGAUACAACCUGCAGGCCUUUUGUCUGACAGCUCCUUUUAGUUUGAAUCAGGUGUGGAGCUCGGCCUCCUGCAGAGCUACGUCCUUCAGGUGUGAAUUUGUGGUCAUGUAAUGAAAGAGCUCAUUAUAAUUGUCACUUCAAAGACAUCAAAGAUAGUAGGUGAAGGGAAAGGGAUAAUAUUAUCAAGGAUGAGCCAAGGAAACUGAACUCAAAAAUAAAAAAAGUUUGCUUCCAUUCAUCUUUUCUUGUUGUUUUAUUCACCAUAAUUCUUAUAUCAUCAGCUUCUACCUGAAGCCACAUGUGACUGUAGACAGAGUUCAUUUCAAACUUACUUUGAAUGCACCAGGAUUAGUUUCACAGCUUUACAACAAGCAGAAGUUCUAGUCCCCUUCAAGAUCAUGGAAAAUAACUUCUUGCUACACACGACAAAAUCAAGCUGAAUAAUCUGAAAACCUUCCCAGCGCAUGUUUGCGUUUGUUGUCAUUGUAAUUAUCAUUUAUCCUCAAACCAGCAUCACCCCCAGCUGCUCUGAGGCCAUUUGUUUUCCACGCGUGUCUGGUGUCAUCGCACAGGAAGCAAAACGUGUGUUCACACCUCUUGCAUCCCUUUGAGUUCCCAUCAUACAUACAUUUGGCCUUCACUUGUCCUAGUUGUCUUGUUAGUGAUUUUCCCGCAGAAAAGUCAAUAUUUGAAUGGAAAUGGAAGCGGCAAAAAGACACUUUUAUUUUCAGGAAUUUGAUGUCCAGUUAGUUAAUAACACCAGGAAAAUGUGUCAAACGCUGUGGGAAAAAUGUGAAACCUUCUUGCUAAAAUUGUGUUAAAUAUGGGCAUCGUCAGGUCCUACAGGGGUAUAAAUUCAUUAUAACUGCGAUUUAUAUGUAGGAAAGUUGGUGUAUUCGGUUGGGAUAAAAUUGAAUGACUGAAUCCAUACUGUAGAGGUGAAUGUGAUUGGCAAAGUCAGUAAAGCGUAGUCUUGUAUCACACUAAGAGAAUACUUUUCAUAAACAAACUAUGUGUUUAUUUUUAGCGUAUUUACUUGUUUCAAACUGACUGGCUGCGGCUCGCUCCCAUGGGAGACGAGUUUCUGCUUCGUUCUCAUGGGAAACAGAGACAGACGCGCCCAUUUGCACCUUUAUUAUCUGCUGGAAUUAGUACAUCAUUAAAAGAAGUGUGUGUGUGGAGCACUGCCGGCUUUCGGGUUCUCACACACACACUUUACGCACACUGGUCACUCAAAUGCAAAUUACGCACCAGGCCUGCUUUGUAAUUUCACCUCUUUCUUGAGCUCAGUAGGAACGUUUCAGCACACUUUUCUCGGUACAAUGUUUAAUGCUUCUGUCGGGCCACCUUUUUCUAGUUUGUUGUAGUUACUCAUUUGACUAAAACCCAGACGUGGCCUGAAUCCGUAGAAGAAAAUGCAUUUGGAACAGUCAAUAUUUCUUGGAAAUGCAAAUCACUGCAGUUUCUAUGUCUCUGUCAGAUUAAUUUCAUUGCAUUUAAAUGCUGCUGGCUGUAAGUGUGACUUUAAGUGGAGAUAAAACUGCAUUUCUAGAAGUAUAUUAUUAUAUUCCCGGCUUAUAUAGGUUUAUUUGUUUCAAGUCUUUCCAGAUGAAGGUUCGGGUGCUUGCCAUAAAGUAGUAUGAGUCCAAAAUAAAUAGGGAAUCCACUGAUAAUUUCCAGUAAUUUAAAUUAUUUUCUCGUUAUUCUUGGGGAGCUGUUAAGUCACAAUUCCUCUUUGAAAUUGUAAUUUGUAAUGAAGUUCGUCACUUGUGACGCCUUGUGUGAAAAGGUGUGAAUUGGUCGUGUGCUGCCGGACCUACAACGCGGGUCUGCAGAGGGGAUCAAAGGGCUUCGUAGAUUUUAGAGACACGAUUCUCUCCCAUGAUGAAUAUGUGGAAUAAAUCUACCAUGGAUAUCAUUAUCUGCAUAUUUUGACGGCCAUAGUGGAUCAUUAAAGUCGGUAGUAAAAGGUCAUUUUGAGCUCUUCACAGUGCGCGUCAAACUAUUUGAUUCAUGGAAUAGAUGGAAAGAAUAAGUUGAUAAACCAGCCCAAAUGGGAGGUUACGGAGUAGAUUUACUCAGUGAAAGUUUUGUUAGGUAGUAUUUUAAAGUAUUGAACUUACUUGAGUAUGUGUAUUUUACUUUGUACUUCUACUCCAUUGCAUUUCAGAGGGAAGUAUUUUUACUCUAUUGCAUGUAUUUAAGCGUCAGAUGUAGUUACUAGUCACUUAAUAAAAUUAGAUUUUAUAGCCUUUUGGGCUUGUAUGGAGCCCCUUGUCAUGUUUCAGAUAUUCAUUAUUUCACCAAAGAACAUUUCCCCUCUAAACCUCUGUAAUUGUUUUGUGUAGAUAACCGAUAAAGGCCCAAGCCACGUCAAAUUAUUUAACAUUUCUGUUAUUAGGUCAAAGAAACAACCAAAAUGAAAACGUGUUAGCAUAUUAUAACAUUUUCUACUUUUGUCUCCCCAUUAGUAAUCUACAGGGUGACCCUUAGGAGGGACCUGACCCCUCGAUUUUGUACUUCGAGACAAAACUACCUGCAUACAAUUACCUCCUAUUAAUUCACACGGCACGUUACUAUUAAUACUUAAACUAUAUUUUUCUGAUAAUGUCUCUGGACGCUUUUUUUUGAAUGGGAUUACCAAAUUAAGUACGUCAAUGUGUGUUUUUACAUUUUAUGUCUGCACUUUUAUCGAUUCAAAGAAUUUGAAUCAUUUUUCCACCUCAGCAAAAGGUGACUGCUUUCUAGGUGCGUAAAGCAAAUGGUCCAAGGCUUUCCAAAAUGACAAUGAAUAAAUGGACUUUAGUGUGUGCACAUUUGCCAUGUGACACAAAGCAACACGCAGACAAAUGCUGGAUGGGUGUGAGAGUGGGAGAGAGUCCUCCGUCUGUUUCUCGUCGUGGGAUUUUGGAGCAGGAAGCUCGAGCCUCACUUUAUUACCUGUUAAAACUGAUACAUUAUUUGCAAAGUGUGCUUGAAGGAGAGGUGAAGCUCACGUUCCCAGACACAACACGCGUGUGACAUUCAGACAAAUUGUGACAAGAAAAGUUCUGUAACUAACACUAUUCGUUUAAAUACUCGUGCGUAAAAGGAUGGAUUUUAGGUGUGGAACGGCUGUCCUUCAAUGCAUCGCCUGACAAAAAUGUACAGCUUUUAUGCUUCUUGGAAAUGGAUAUUCAAAAGGAUUUCUUGGUAGUUUAUGUGAUGACCGAUGACAGCACAAGUGUGGAUUAAUUGGUCUGGAAAGCGUUUUGUUACCAACCUUCAGCGCUAGUUUAUGGAGACGUGGGAUCACCUCCCCCCGGUCUCUCUCAUGGGAAACUCGAGCAAGAAGUUCAAUUUACACUUUAUUACCUGCUAGAAUCGAUACGUCGUAACGCAACGUGUCCGGAGGAAAGGUGGAUGGCAGGUUCCCACGCGUUGAUCUCCCAGAAUUACAUUUGGCUACACAUAAAUGCACACAGCUACAGUCUGUCUGCUUUUAAAUUUAAUUACAUUGAUCUUCAAAGCUGCGCAUCAAGUAGUUUUACGCACACAGUUGUUAACAUUCAGUGACUCUGGAGACUAUGAAACAUAUUAGAAGUAAAAGACAAACAGCAGUUUUUUGACUUCCAGUAGUGUAGACUAAGUACAUUUAGUCAAGCACUGUGCUUCAGUACUUUAUGCUGACACUCCACCUUUAAGAGAGAAAUAUUGUACUUCACUACACUUAUUUUAAACUUUAGUUACUAAUUACGUUGCAUAUUCACAACAGCAACAACAAUAAUAAUACCAAUACUAUUUUUGUUGACUUUGUUUUAAAUCACUAACUAAAAAGACAACAGUUUGCAGCACUGCUCAUAAAAGAAAGGAUUUUACGCUUUGCCUAGUUUCCCUUCUUGGCGUUUUUAUAGAACUAAUGAAAUUCUUGGAAACAUAUGAUGAAUAACGCCAAACAGCAGUUUUGUUACAUUUUUAUAUUGCAGCAAUGUAAUUCAACUACGUACAUUUACUGAAGCAUUGUAUUUAAGUACACAUUUGGGGUAGCUUUUUCAGUAAUUCCUUUUAAUGCUACUUUAUCCUUCCACUACUGCACUUUUAACUUCACUGCAUCUUUUCAUAACAAUAAUUACUAAUUGCUUUACAUGUUAAUAUUAAUCAUAACAAAUUUAAUAAACACUCAGUUAUAUACAUUGUUCUGCAACGAGGCCUUAUCUCUGGAUUAAGAUGAAACUUUAUUCCUUACAAGAGGAACAUUUACAUAUUGUUCAACUGUAAAUAUUAAAAUCAGCUUCCCCUUUACCAGCUGCAGCAUUAAAAUGAUGAACACAUUAAUACGCUGAUAGUUAUAGUCCAAAACUAAACGAUUUUUCUGAAAUGUCUGCCUAGUUAGUGCUUUUGGUACUUUAAGUAAACUUCAAUUUUGUAGCAGAGGAUUUCUACACUGGGGUUUUGUUAUUUUUAUUCUAAGCUCCAAGUAGUACUUCCUGCAUCAUUGUUGACUUGGUUUUGUUUUACGUCCACAGAAUUACGCAUAAAAAUAGGUUUUGACGCACGCCAGUCUCGGUUCCCAGAGAAUCUCAUCUCACUCCGGCGUCCAUGACAAUGGCGUGGGGGAGUCACAGCUUCACGCUGUCCUGGCGGAUGUCGGUCACACGUGGAAAUAAGCGUCACACGUGCUGGUGACACCUUUCACAGGCGCGUGCUGCUCACACCUGUGUGGCCUGCUGCACGCGCCAGCGGAUUAGUGGAGAGCCCCGUUGGCGCGUCGUUCAGCCUCCAUUCAUCCAUUCUUCUUUAGAGUCUCGUCAAAUGUGUUAAAAUAGAUCCAUUAGAAAGACGCCCUGAAACCCUAAAUAAAUAAAAUGCAUAUAUUUUAUCUUCCUAAUCUUGAGUUCAUGCUUUAAGAAUGAAAACCUGUAUUUGUUCCAUACCAUAACAAAUUACCAAAUUGUGGAGAGAGCGUUAAACCACAAGAAAAAUCUUCCAAGUGUAGUUUUUAAUAUUUUACCAAUAUUUAACAGUCAAAUGUAUCUUAUUUGACUUCUUUUGUGACCACUUCAAUGACCGGUGAGUCUGAGAGGAGGUGGGAGGAGCCUAGAGUCUCACUCACUUGUGGAUUAAAAGCCCUCCUGAAGCUGUGUGCUCACAUUCCGCUGUGACUGAUCGACAGACAGACCCAGUUACUGCUGGAAACUUCAACUCCAAUCAUGAAAAUGCUCCAAGAUUUAGAGGACGCAAAGGCCAAAAAGAAGGUACUUGUAUCAUUUAUGCUUUCAUGAAAUAAUGCAAUUAUUUUCUUGCAUAUCAGCAUGCCUCUCCGGAGAUAUUUAUCACUCACAGCCCGGAACUCUUAACGUGACUUUAUUCAUUGAUUUUGAUCUUAUAUUUUACUUUGUAGAGUCUCAAACCUCAGGUGGAGAGACGCAGAAGAGAGAGAAUUAACCGCAGCCUGGACAACCUAAAAACUCUUCUGCUGCAGCCACAGGAGGCGACUCGGCGCAGAGUGGAGAAAGCUGAGAUUCUGGAGCACACAGUCCUCUUCCUCCAGAACACUGCGCUCGGAGACAAGACGAGAGCUGGAGGUGGAGGCCAGAAGCACUCCUAUCAAGAUGGUUUCUCCACCUGCCUGCAGAGAGCUGCUCGGUUCCUGGGGCCCCAAGGGAAAGGCCUGUGGCUCGGAGAAAGGCUGGAUGCAUCGUUUGCCUCUCGCUUCUCCCCUGCAGACUCUGUAUCUGCAGGCAGAGGAGCUGAAGCUCCGUCCUCCUCCAGCUCUUUGAUUCUCAGUAAGUCCUCCAGGUUUAUUCUUCGGAUGCUGAUACACAGAUCCGGGCACAGAUUGUGCGCAACUGCAGUCAAUAUGGCAAAGUGUCGCCACACAAACGGAGAAUCAAGUCACGCCCAAACAACUCCCCAGCAGCCCCACAAAGUGCUGAAUCGAGCGAGGAAACAGAGCCCGCCCCAGAGCCACCCGGUCAGCCGGUCUCUGUGGAGACCCUGGCCCUGAUCUUCACUUCAGAAACAGAACUUUUCAAGGCCAUAAUGCGUGUUGUUCAUUGGGGACCUUUGCAGUGCAAUGUAUUAAUCACAGACCUCCUGCUUUCUGCGGCUUCUGCUAAAUAUUGUAAAUAUAUUGUAAUCACACUAAGUGCUGCUACAGCCUGUACAGGCGAACUCAUGUUGACUGUCUUCUAUCAAAUGUUUUUGCACCUUAACUUAUUUUAUUUUGCAUGUGUAAAUAAACAAAAUGAAAACUCCAUUAAACAAGGUCUUCAGUGAUUGUUUCCCGGCACGUGUCUUAACGAGCAGAAGUGUGGACUUGUGCUGCCACACACGAGGGUGAACGGCACCAUGUGGUGACGCUUAACACUGUUUGACGCAAUGAGCACCUAGAUCGUCUUUGCUUCUUAUUUAGAAAAACUCUAAUAUAGGCUAGAUGGUCAAAACAUUCAGAAAAAUAUAGUUAUUUAUACACAUAUUAUAGCAAUGUAUGAGCGCACAAUUCACUUUGACAUAGCCUAAUGAA